AUGGCGACGAAGGGGCCAAUCAGACGUACACUAGAGUUUCGGCGGAGAGUUAAGAAGGUGCAAAUGUUUGCGAGCAGUGAUUUCGUCUGUCAAUUCCAUGAAAGACGGACCUACCAUAUCGCCUGGACACUUGAAUUUCUGACCUACCAUAUCGCCUGGACACUUUCAUUUCAGACCUACCAUAUCGCCUGGAAAAUUCAAGGAAAAUACAGAUUUUCCACUGGCCAGAGACCCGGAAGCAGACGUUGGAGGGCAGUGAAUGAGAGGAUCCAAAGCUGUCCUCUGACACCGCAGUUUGGGGAAACUGUACGAAAAACCGACGUCUUUGGCAGAAAGAUCCCUUGUGGCUGUGGUUACCAUGAGUCAGGAGAGCCAACUGAGGCAAACCCACCGGCUGCGCAGGGCACCAGCACUGGAGCGGAACACGCACCAAAAGCCAGCGCAGCGUCUGUGAGUCAGGGGUCUUCAGAUUCCAUGACAUGCUCCGCUUGUGGUCAGGCGGUUGCACCAGACCUAGAGAGCUGUCAUGCUGCAAAGCCAUCCGUAGACAUCUCCAAUAUUGUGACUCCUUCUCCCUCAGCCUCCUCCUCCACUGCUCCUGCACAGGAGCUCACACAAGCACCAGGCUUCCUCCCCCAAGAUGUUAAAGCCUGCCAGUCAGCCCCGGACCUGACGCCUGUCGUUGUUUCCACAGAUGCUCCUCCAACAGCACCUGAGAUGGCACCAGUAGCCCAGAGCGGCCCACCACUCCAUUCUGUCCCUGCACCUCCUCAAGCAGCACCAGCACUCCUGUAUUCUCCAGAUGUAAGCUGUGCCAGGUUUCUGCGAAAGUCUUUCCUCAGGGUGAUCAAGCCAAGUGACCGGGAGUGGAUUGCUCACGUCUUGUAUGAGCCUACUGGGCAGCUGAAGCAGGACAUUCAGGACAAUUGGCACCAUCCCCCAAACCCAACAAGAUCAUCGGCACCAAAUCCCCAUGACUACUUUCGUCAGAGGAUGUUCCUUUGGGCGCCAAUGCGGAUGUGGGGCAUUCCUCUGAAAUGCACCCGAUGCGACCGCAAGAUGCACUGCUCUGGUAUAUAUCCGAAAGUCAGAGAGGUCAUCGACGUGGCAACAAGGUAUUAUCUCAUUGGAGCAGACUACCCAAGGUGCAGCAAGUGCAAAAUACUCAUCUGUCCUUGGAGCAAGGACAUUUUGGAGCAGCUGGACCCAGCUACACGCAAUAGAUUUCCUGCUGUCUUAAGCGCUCACAUGGCACUGGACAGGACGUGUGUGACCCUUCUUCGUCCCCGAACAGCAGGGAGUAGCUCGAGCUACCUGCAGCAGGCCUUUGAAGAGGCUCACAGUGAGGAAUGGGUGAGGAGGUGCUGUGAGUAUUUCACAGAUUGUGAGAGGGACAAAAAAUCCCGUCUCAAUCCAUCCGAGGACGUCUAUGCACCACCACCACCACCCUUCUGUCCCCUGCCGCCGGCCCAGUGGUUUGAGGGUGUGUCAAGGUGGAACAUCAGCCGUUCGGCACGAGGUGUUUGGAUGACAGAGCCAUCCAGGACCGAAAUAUAUGAUGUACGUCUGGUGUCUGAUGUGAAUGCACUGAGCGACAGAGUCUUGGGAAGACCUCUUCUUCCAGAGUUUAUUCCACCCGGGAAGCAAACUGGAGAACGUAUUGCAGUGGAAUACCUCCCGGCGCACUCAAACAGAGGAGAUCUCCAGACCCAGCAGGACAUGAGUGAGAUACAGCCAGGCACAUUGGAUGCAGUCGUGGACGAGGAAAGCACAGAUACGACUGUGUCAGACGUCACAGACGUUACUUUUCAGGAAUUUAUGUUUGGAAGUGGAGGUCCCAGCCACACAUUUGAGGAGACCGUCAACUCUUCCUGGUCGGUGCAAACUGUAUUGGAGGAGAGUGACACUGCCGCCACAUCUGUCCCGUCCCCAUCUGAGGAGAGCGAGCCCCUCACCCCAGCUUUGGACCCCAGGUGUGAUUCCCCAGGAUUUCCUGGAUGGGAGGCUGUGACUGAGGAACCGCUACCUGAGCCUCGUGCCCUCCCCUCACAGCCAGUACAGCAUGGACAAGCGCCUCUUGAGUUCCUGGAGCCUGAGAAUCGGGAGGGUGAGGCAAGGAUCCGUCAGCGGCGCAGCACCAGAACACCUGCACCACUUCCACAGAGGGCAGGGUUUCCUCCCUCUUCAACUGGUCAGUGGCCCCCAGUGCACUACCAGAGCUGGUCUCCGCUCCCUCAAACACUCCAGGUACAACCCCAUGGCUGGAUCUAUUCCUACCAGCCACCCCCAACCGGUCCUCAGGCUUGGCCCUUCGCACCCCCACCUCACCCUCAAGGCUGGUGGUCUUACCCUCAAGUACCCCCACCACACUUGUAUGCUUGGCCAUCAACAUCCCAAGCACCCACACAGGGCUGGUCGUCCACCUACCAACCACCCUCAACAUCCUCCCAGCAACAAUCCUCAGCACCUUCUCCAACCCACCCAAAUGCACUUGACCCCACAAAUCGCCACCGCCAAAGGAGGUUGCAAAAGGCAGCCCUUGAGGAUCAGGAGCGAGAGAGGAGAGGUGAGCCUCCAAGAAAACGUCACUCGAAAGAGCAGUACCACCAUCAGUGCAAGCACUGUGGCAAAGCAAAGACUAAAUCAACCGGCCACUCUCAGGUGCGUGGCAAGUGGUACUGCCCUGCAUCUGGACAGACCUUUGAAGAGUGGAAAGACUCUUUGUAA